CAGCCCAAGUCUCGAAGAGACUUUGAGGUCGCCCUCAUUUGCGCAUUGCGGGUCGAAUUCGAUGCCGUGGAAGCUCUCUUUGAUGAAUACUACGAAUCCGAACCCGAUCUCUCGUACGGGAAAGCACCGGGUGACCCCAACGCAUAUACUACUGGAAGGUUAUGCGGCCACCACGUUGUGCUAGCUUUCAUGCCGGGCAUGGGCAAAGUGAACUCAGCAAGCGUGGCGGCAGGAUUUCGGGCCAGCUUCCCCGACAUUAAGCUUGGGAUCGUUGUUGGCAUCUGUGGCGGCGUUCCAUUCGGGAGAGAUGAAGAGAAAGACGUUCUGCUUGGCGAUGUGGUCAUCAGUACGGCGUUGGUGCAAUUCGACUUGGGACGGCAAUAUACGAACAAAUUCGUGAGGAAAGAUACCCUACAAGACAACCUUGGCCGGCCAACUUCCGAUAUUCGCUCAUUCCUAGCCAAGCUGUCUGGAUCAAAAGGUCGCACGACGCUUCGAGACAAGACCUCCUUAUACCUUGAAGAACUUUGUGAAAAGGACGGCUUUCACAAGUCUUCAUAUCCCGGUGCAGAUAACGACAAGCUAUUUCGGCCUACUUACCGUCACAAACACCAAGAUCCGAAGGCCCCUUGCAUCUGUGCCAACUGUCAUAGCCCUGACGAUGAUGUUUGUGACGUCGCACUGGAGGCUUCUUGCGAGGAACUAGGUUGUCACGAUGAUGAGUUGGUAUUUCGUGAACGAAUCGACAAAGCGAAGCUUCCGCAGAAACCCGUGAUUCACUUCGGCGUCGUUGUAUCUGGAGAUUCAGUCAUGAAGUCGGGGCACCACCGCGAUGAAAUUGCAUCCCGCGAGAAGGCCGUUGCGUUUGAGAUGGAAGGGGCCGGUGUAUGGGACAGCUUUCCUACGGUUGUGAUUAAGAGUGUGUGUGACUAUGCGGAUAGUCACAAGAACAAGGUUUGGCAGCGGUAUGCCGCCGCAACUGCAGCUGCUUGUAUGAAGGCUUUCUUGGGGGAGUGGAGACAAGCUCGCUGA